UGGCGGGAGCGGGGCCGGGGCACUGCGGCGGCGGCGGCGGCCCCGCACCGGGCGGGGGGCGGGUCCUGCACCUUCCCCGCCGCAGCGCGGCGCCGCCUCCCGCCCUCGCCCGCCCGCCCGCCCCGCCGCCACACCUCCGCCCCGGCGGCGCGGCACCCGCUGCCCCGCUCCGCCUGCGCAGCCCGGCCAUGGAGCAGGGGCCGGCGGCGGGGUCUGCUCCCGCCGCUGCCGCCGCCGCCGCCGCCGCCGCGGGCACCGGGGGUCUGCUCCUGCCGCUGAGCGAGAGCGAGCAGCAGCGCUACUCCGAGCUCUUCUCGCGGUGCUGCCCGCCCCCCGAGGCGGCCGCCGGGGGCAGCAGCGUGGGCGAGCUGUUCCGGGCCUCCCAGCUGCCCCCGGACACGCUGCACCAGAUUACAGAAGUUUGUGGAGCCAAGCGCGUGGGUUAUUUUGGUCCUGCUCAAUUUUAUAUUGCUUUGAAGUUAAUUGCGGCAGCACAGUCAGGGUUCCCAGUACGGAUUGAAAGCAUUAAGAAUGAACUGCCUCUGCCGCGGUUUAUGGCGCUGAAAAAUGACAGUGAAGUACGUUAUGGAACUCCGACAGAACUCCAUGGAGUUAAAUUUCAGGUUCCACAUGCAACGUUGGAAAAAAAUUCCUUCAAAAGAACAGAUGAAGGGGACAAACAGGAACCCAAGUCUCCACCGAUGUCUCCAAUCUGCUCACCUCCUGCUUCUCCAUCUACUUACCAGAGAAUACCCUUAAGUUAUGGAUAUGGUAAAUCAAGAAGUGGGCUGGAGCAGCAGCAUGGAGCUACUUACGAAGUCAGACACUCUGCUCACCAGCAAGAUGGACUAUCAUCGGGGAAUUAUGGAACCAAACCUGCACUCCCCUGUUCAACUCUUAAUCGGUCUCUUUCAGCAGAGCGGGAGCAGCAGGACAGCAGCGCCCACUACUCAGAUGACCCUUGGAGGAUAACAGAGGAGCAGCGAGACUACUACAUCAACCAGUUCAGGUCCCUGCAGCCCGACCUGAACUCCUUUAUUUCAGGUUCCGUGGCAAAGAAUUUCUUCACAAAAUCAAAGCUGCCCAUCCCAGAGCUUUCUCACAUCUGGGAGCUGAGCGAUGUGGAUUGCGAUGGGGCGCUGACACUCCCGGAGUUUUGUGCCGCUUUCCACCUUGUGGUUGCGAGGAAGAAUGGUUACCAGCUGCCAGAGACGCUGCCGGAGACGCUGCUGCCUGAGUACCUUCAAGCAGCUUCUUUGAAGCCCAUGCGUGACUGCGCUCUGUUUGAUUCUUAUUCUGAGUCAUUGCCAAGUGGUCAGCAGACUCGGGACUUUGGUCGGACAGAGAAGGCAUCAGCUGAAGACGUACCUGAUAACUCGGCCCUGUUACAAGAUGCAAAGAAAGGUGACAAACAAGCUCUUAAGGUAAGCACCGCUCUCAAAACGAUACCAAAGGAAUUUCAGCACUUGACUGUGAAAACAGCUGCUCAGGAAUCUAAUGCACUUAAAGCCAGACCACGAUCCAGGUCUUACUCUAGCACAUCAAUAGAAGAUGCUAUGAAAAAGGGAGAAGAGCCCCCUACUCCACCUCCAAGGCCACAGAAAUCACAUUCCAGAGCUUCCUCUUUGGAUCUGAACAAAAUAUUUCAACAAAACACACAAGCUGUGAGGUCUGGCUGGCUGCCCCCACCACCGCCUGCACUGCCCCCUCGACCUUCUGUAUCUCAGACAGAGCAAGUAUCUGAGGUUGAAUUACAUCCUCAGAUGAAUAGACCCCCGUCGCAGGCAGAAGAGAACAGUUCAGCAAAAAAGGAGGUUGUUCUCGCUCAGCCGCCAUCCAAACCUGCCCGCAGGAAGCUCCGGACGGAGGUGCAGGGGCUGGAGACCCCUGAGCUUUCUCCCACUAUAAAUGUGACUUCUUCCCUGCCAGCAGUCAAGCCUCACCUCCCAGUCCAAAAACAGUCUUCCAAGCAGAAAAGGGCUAUUCAGACUGCUAUAAGAAAAAACAAAGAAGCCAAUGCUGUGCUCGCCAGGUUGAACAGUGAGCUCCAGCAGCAGCUGAAGGAGGUUCACAAGGAACGAAUUGCCUUGGAAACGCAGCUGGAGCAGCUACGUCCUGUCACCGUCUUGUGACCUCCCGCAGUGCUGUGCAGCGGCAAUAGCAGAGCACGCGUCCUGACAGCCUUGCAAGGAGAGGAAUGCGGCGCGGCUGGGCAGAGCUUCUGCUGAGGUGGUGGGGGGGACCGGCUUGUCGGGUCUCCCUUCACCCCGCUGCAUGCACUUGCCUUUGUAGGUGAAGAAGGUACAGAAACCAAAUAUCUGACUGCCGGAUAUUUCUGAGCGGGGAGGAUGCUUCGCCUUCUUUCCUCCCUCUUCCCAGCCUAAUGUGUAAAUACAGUUUAUUGCUGAAACGAAUAAGCUGAGAGUAUUUUAUUUAUGUAAAGAAUUCCUGAUUUAUAUGCGUUCUGGCAGCACCUCCUGCCCGAUCAUUAAGAGGUACAGCAUUUCUGAAUCCUGGCUUAAAUUUAAAACUCAUCCUCUGAGAUGGGCUUCUGGAUGUUACUGAUUCCUGUAGGGUUGUAUUAUGGUAGAGUACCUCUGGGUUUAAUGUACUACAGGAAUAAAACUCUCUAGACGUACAGAGUCUUUAUCCGCAGUCACAUGUCAGAUAAUUAUUUUCUUAGCACUGUUUAUUAUGCAAUCACAGAUGUAUUUUAAUGUUACAGAACUCGUAUUUUAUAAGUCCAAAUCAUAUGAGAGAACAGUAAAUAAUACUAAAAAAUUUAAUUAUUUUGGAAAUUACAAAAAACAAAAUCUGUUUUUUGAGCUAUAAUGUUUCAUAUCACCAGUGUUUGAUCAACUGCUUGCAACUGCCAGUGUCUCUGCAUACUUUUAGCAUGUUUGAGGUCACUGGUUUAUAGCUUUUUUCUUUUUUGUCGUCUUUUUUUUUAACCAACAGUGUAUUUCUAACAAGAGGUUAAAUAUGCAUUCUGGGCAUUUUUAUAAAAGCUGUCUAUGUACAUUUGUAUUAGUCUGCUUUGUUGUCUUAAUAGCUGCUGAUGUGUUUUAAGGAUGUGUACAAGAACUGAAUUUCCAAAAGCUGAAAGAUAGCAGAAGUGCUAUAUAUGAGGUUAUAAAAUGUGUGAUGGAAAUAAUUGCCCUCUACAACAGGCUUUCAUUAAGGUUCCUUUGCACCUCACUGGAGAUGCUACUGAUAGGAUGAAGCUACUAAUGCCCAUCUGUUUUCUAAAGGAAGAAGGAAAGAUUAAUUUUUUUACCUGGGUGUGAUCAGGCCAAGUGAAUUCCAUGGCAAUUUUUUCCAUGGAUGCAGUGGUCAUCGGCUUCAGUCUCAGUUCUCACCGUGGAAGCUGGCCAACUAAUGUUGCUUUAUUUCUUGGGCCAACACUCUUGUAUUGGGUGACUUCAGACAUAACAGUAUCAGCCCUGCUCCCUCCAUGGAUAUGAUGUGCGCUUCAUUGCAAGGGAACGUCACCUACCUGUUACCCGUCUUAAACAUGAAGCUGCACGUGUUUCAUAUCCUGUUGUUCACUGACCUAAUUUAGGUGUACGCGUUCGCCUUGCAGAAACAGCGCAGCAGUGUUUUACUGUUGUCGGUGUGAUGCUGUAGGGUGGCUGAGAGGGAGGAGCAGCAGGUUUGAAGCAGCUGGGUAGCCUCCCUUCAGAGUGUAUCGUGGAAUGGCUGUGGUGGGGUAACAGAGGACACUAGAGCAGCCAAACGCUUUGUUUAGAGAUGAGAAAGACAUCAAUGGGAAUGUUUGAAGUGAUGAGGAAACAGCCCACUUUUGCAGAAAGGGAUAUGGAUGUGGGACGUGGAUCCAGAAGCCCGAAGGCAAAAUAAGCGUUUGCAGAAUUGUUACUGAAAAUCUGUUUUUGGCACGCAUUGGUUUUGAUUCAACGGAGUGUCGCUAUGUCAACAAGCAACAACCGUUUCUCUGGAUUUGGGACUUGUUUUCUGUGGCUGUUGCAUAGCUGGGGUCAGACGGCCAUUCCUGGUCAGUGACAAAAUGUGAGAGCUGCAGACUUUUCCAGCAAGCUGCAAAACAGCCAUUGCCCCCCUGCUGGUAGUGGUAAAGUUCAGAAGUUAUCGUCGUUUAUUUCAUACGUUCAUAACACUGAGUCAUGUCUGAGAUUUUAAUGAGGUUAAGCGCUCCCUCUUUGUUUGCUUCUUAGUUCUUGUAUUGUCGUUUGGUUAAGAAGCUCCUACUAUUCAACAGGAAAUAACAACGGCACGUUUGGUUUUUGUUUUGUGGUGAUUUUUUAAGGAAAGGUUUUCAGUGAUUGCAAAGAAGUGUGGAUGUUGCAUUUUUAAGGCAGUGGAGGACUUUUUCAUGUUCGAUAGGAGCUUCCUCUAGAAUAAUCCCCCAUUUAUUUCUCUUGAGCUAUUCAUGGAAUAGAUGCUGUUCAAAGGAAGAGUGGAAGAGUCUGCUUUAUGUGUCCUUUUCAAAUGUCUCCCUUCUAACAUACAUGGGUCUUUUUUUUCAUUCACUGGAAGUUAGAAUACUUGGUUAGCCAAGAAUGAAGUAUUUACUCAGUUGUUACCUUACCGCAGGACUUAAUGAAUUUAAAAUCUAACCGUCCCUGCAAUUUUAGGGGUGCAAUCAAAUGCCCCACUCAGCUUCAAGACCCAGAGUGUGAGUUGUUUUGUAUUCUGUUUGGUGAAAUGUUGGCUGUGAUGACGAUAUGCUACUUCACAUAGACAGUGAAGUGAAAUAUUCAAGGGAAAAUGACAGCGGGUUAUACAUACGAUGCAGGAAGUUAUUCUUUUGUGUAUCUCCAUAGUUAAGCAUUCAUGGUAGCCCAUGCAAACUGAAAAAGUGUCUGUGGGUUUAGGGGGCUGUUAGCAUUUUGAGAGGGAGAGGAGAAGGCAUCGUGAAGCUAUAGACACUGCUUCCAGCAGUUCCUCCAUGCAGCUGUGCUCAUGGCUACUAUUAAAAACCCCAGCUGAUAAAAAUUCACAUCUAAUUCCAGUACCACAGAUUUGCUCAAAAAAAUAUAUUUCCUUUGGAAAAAUGUGGGUACAGUGAAGUCGUCAUUUCUUGCAGAAACCUUUACUUUCUGAAGCUUUGGAUGGCAGAUGCUCCUAGACCCAAGGCAGACCAUGUGGUCAGAAAGGGAGACAGCACAAGCAGUUUGCUCAAUGUUCAGGGCACUUUCUUGAGCUACAGGAGAGCGAUCAACUUUAAGCCUCCAAUGUGCCUGACCCAGAACAGCAGCUAGGACCUGCCUGUCCCAGCUUAUGGCCUGACCAAGGAGCGAGAGCAGCUUCCCACAUGUGAGGUCUCACUCUCCUCUGUUCACGGUUUCUGUAGGUAUUUAUGCAGAGCAGAACAUGCCCAGCAAGAGGGGAUGACUGGAACAGGACCUGGAGCACGGCUUCAUCUCAGAGGAGGCGUAGACUAUGAGCCUGGUGCCCCUUCCUAAGUCCUCAAUUUCACGCAGCUAGUCUGGUUUGGAGAACUAAAUAGUUUUGUCUGCAGGACAAGACUAGAUGGAGCAGAUAAGGAUCCCUCUCAGUGUGUGUGUGUUAAGUGUACGCUCACACGUCUUCUUUUUGAUCAUGCAUUUCUUUAUGGAUCUGUUAAUGUUCAUAUCACCUGAUACCUUUCUAUGAAAUAUUUGUUUCAAUACACGGUAAUUCAGUGGUGAAAAAAGAAAAAUGCCCAGCUAAGUGCAGUGACUGGUUGCCUUUGUAGAUCAAGUAAUUUUUAUUUGAGCCUUUAUAUAUAAAUAAUGACCUGGUAAUUAAGCAAUGCAAAGAGUUUCCAUUUCAGAGGCGUUCCUUUAAACAAACUGCCUGUGAACAAACAGUAAUGCUUCAUGAUCAAUGUUCUUCUCCUAGUUAUUAAAUUUGUACUAGGAUGCAGUGGAAACAUUACCACCUCUUUCCAGUUCUCUCUUCCAGAGAGUUUUGCUGAUGUAGCAAAAAUGUCAGUGAUUAGUGGAUUCAGCCCUGUUAUUGGUAAGUUGGUGAAUAUCCUUUUUAACUCAAAAGAUUACCUCCAAACUGUUUUAUGUGUGUGGCCGUAGUUUUGCUGCUGGGAAUUCUGUAUCCAUAUCAGGAUAGAGGCUAUCAUCCAGACAGUCCCAGCUUGACACUGCCACGGCUAACCAGUGCAGCAUGGUGAUGACUCGCAUGGUAAAACGACCCCAAAGGGAUGGUUGGGACUUGGAACCCUUCACAGGAAGCAUUUAGGAUGGGCAUGAUAUGAAAAUUGCCUUGUGGUGGUAUAUAAGCUGCUUUCCUCCCAGCUGUGCUUCCAGAUCAGGAGAAAGACUGUAAAAGUUGCUGGCCAGGGAAUGAGGGGCGUCAGUUUUCCAGGACCAUCAACCCUUCGGCCUUCAGCACACACGGUCCUUGACAAGAAAAUACAUGGGGUUAUAAAAGAAGGAAGGAGGCCCUCAUGAAGCCACAUAUUUUAUUGACUAAAGAGUAAAAGUACAUUUUUCGGGGGGGGGGAAUCACAGUGAUGUAGUACCUUUGAGAAGAGAUGAUGUAUUUUGAAGCUUUUUUUCAGUUAUCUUCAUGAUAAUGUGCUAUGAAUAUAUGCAUUAUGUUUUACUCUGUUACUGAUUUUUUUAUAUUAAAAAGUUGUAUUGCAAGCAUUAUCGUUGUUAAUCUAAAAAAAAAACCCUGAGGCUAUUAUAUAUUUGAAUUUUAACUUAUGAAGUAGAUAGCCAGAUUAAGCAAUUUGUUUUCACAGCUGCAGACUGUCCACGUGGUAAGCUGCAAAAUGUAUAGUGUUCUAUACUGUGCCCAUCUAAUUUUGGAAAAUGUACGUGAUAUGGAGCUGGGUGCUACAUUAAAAUAAAAGCGGCCAAUAACUUCAAA